GGCAGCUUUUUGUGCCGCAAUUGAUUAGAUGAAUACGGGAAAAUCGAAAGUGUUUACAGUUUGAUGUUUUACGAUUCACUCGUCGCUGCGCGGGUGAUAUUGAGUUAUAAUGAAGCUAGCGAAAUAUAUAAAAUCUAUUAGAUAUAAGAACAGCGCAUUUAGAUUGUAUCUUCUCUGCGUUGCUUUGAGAAUUGUCCUUGUUUUCGCUCCGCAAACAGGAUACAUCCAUCCCGAUGAGUUCUUUCAGUCUGUUGAAGUAUUUCUCGGCGAUCAAUUCGACUUAGAACACGAACGAACAUGGGAGUUCAACAAUACAUUCCCGAUACGAAGUGUCGUUGUUCCUUAUUUUACGCUCAAAAUUCCAUUAAGCUUCCUACAAUUUAUAUCUUUCUAUUCCGACUUCUAUUUCGGCAUAAACUUAAUCAAUAGUUACGUAUUUUUAGUAUUUCCGCGCUUAGUAAUGUGUAUUCUAUCAUUUCUGAACGAUAUAAGCCUCUACAGUAUCUGCAGAGCGUACAGUUUAAAGUAUGAGACUAGAUUACUGGCGCUUGGCAGUUCAUUUGUAAUGUUGGUUUUCGCGACACGAACAUUCUCCAACACGAUGGAAAUGACUUUGUGUUCGAUUCUUCUAUAUUUCGUGUCAGACUGUAUGAUCCACUCGAAUACAAUUAUAUAUAAAUCUGAGGCGCUGCAAAUUAAGUACCAAAAAGCGACAUCGACUAGUGAGAGGGUGAAACUGUAUAAACUUCGAGCGGCCCUACCUACACACAGCUUGAAUCGGGUGGUUCUGAUAGCGACCCUUUGUGUGAUUGGAGUUUUUAAUCGACCGACCUUCUUGGUUUUUGGAGCUCCAAUGGUAUUCUUUUGGCUCCUACGAGGAAUGGGGACGAAAACUGUGAAUUUCGUUGACUUUAAUUUGCGAAUAACAUUGUUCAUCCUUUGCGCUGCACCGACCAUUGCCUUUUUCACCAUUGUCGACUCGAUUUAUUUUGGAUUUCUAACAACAGGAGAGAUUCAAAUGUUGGAUAUUAGCAUUAACAAUUUCGUGUUCACACCAUGGAACUUUGUUAAAUAUAAUCUGGAUUCGAGCAAAACGGCUUCACAUGGCGUUCAUCCACGAUAUUUGCAUUUGCUCGUUAACCUGCCGCUUUUGUACAAUGUUCUCGGGGUGAUUGCGGUGUUCUCGUUUGCGAAGUUGGUUUAUAGGUUUCUAUCUAGUGACUAUCGGAAUUUGCCCCGAUCACAAUCCAUCAUUGGGCUCAUGACUUCGGCUGUAUUUGCUCCUCUGGCGAUCAUGUCCUAUAUCAAUCACCAGGAAGCAAGAUUUCUACUUCCACUUACUUUGCCUAUAACACUUUUGCAUGGCCACAAACUGGAUGGUAUCUCCUUCCCCAACCCUUUCACUGAGGAUCGUCCUUUUUUCCGGGCACUAUACGAUAAAUUCGUGCCGCCUAGAAUCACUAAAAAAACAAUCUUAAGGAUAUGGUAUACAACUACCAUCAUUCUUGUUAUAUUCUAUGGAUUCCUUCAUCAAGGUGGCGUCUAUCAAUUAUCAGCACAUUUUUCGCAAGUUAUGAAAGUAAAAUCACCGCCAACGAACGUUCAUCUGAUAACUUCCCACAUGUACAGCUUUCCAGUGGCCUUUUUGAAUACUCCUAGCUCCAAAACAGUUCACAUUGAUCGUGUGACUAGAAAGAAAUAUCGUCGAGGGCGUCAAUUUUUCAUCAACGAAUUAGGGAGUGCUGACAUUACGCGUGUCCUGCCAAUAGUAUCAGCUAUAGUGAACAGCUACGAGACGGAGAGCCGCGGAAAAUAUUCGUGGCGGUAUCAGAUCUACGUUGCAAUGCCGACGAGCUUGAGUGACGAGUUUGAUGAGUUAUACAAGAGGAAUAUGACUCAGAUGAAGUUUUCCUAUGUCCGCAGCUUUUAUCCUCACUUAUCCACAGAGGCUUUACCGAACCCUAGGCGGGAGUAUGGUGAAAACGAUGUAUUUUCCGUGUCAGGAGUACUUUCGCUAUUGUUCAAUUUCGCCAGGCAGUUCAGUUUGACUUUGUAUCGCUUUGAAACUUGAGAUUAAUAGGAAUGAGAUUGAACAAAUAGAAGAGGCACCAGCAAUGCUAGUCAGUUGUUAAGUUUUAAACUUUUUGUACACUUUACGACACCAUUGUAAGAUAUCGUCUGUGGAGACGUUCAAUUAGUUACGUUUAUUUUGUUAUGUGAAGUCUGAUUUAAAAAGGCAAUAAAUGCAUUUAUUACAAUCGA